AUGAUGAACGUAAUUCGGAUUAUUCGUGACCAAAAGGCACAUACACUUGUGCCUGUGGGAUUUGUGCUUGGAUGUUAUUUAGAUAGAAAGAAUGACGAAAAGCCAAUGGCCUUCUGGAAAAAGAAUUUGUCUAGAAGGGAAUUGAGACCCAAGGAAGAAGUUACCUGGAUUUAA